GUCUGAUAUGCUACACAUAAUGGGAAGAUCUUCGUCUUUUGUUUUCCUCUUGUUACUUCAUUGCUUCAUGGCCUGCUUAGUUUGGAGUGAUACAAAUAUCAUUACUGACAAAUCUGCACUUCUUGCCUUUAAAUCCUUUAUCACUUCAGAUCCACACAAUUUCUUAGCUAAUUGGUCUGUCUCUUUUUCUCCAUGCAGCUGGAUUGGUAUCACAUGCAAUACUCGUCAUGGAAGAGUCCACUCCUUGAAUCUUGGUGGCAUGGAUCUUAAGGGUACCAUAUCUCCACAACUAGGAAAUCUCUCGUUCCUUGUUGAACUUAACCUCAGUGACAACGAUUUUCAUGAUCAAAUACCAAAUGAGCUAGUUCAAUUGCGUAGAUUGGAACUACUCAAUUUGAGCUACAAUGACUUCCAUGGGCCAGUUCCGGCAUGGAUGGGAGAUUUAUCUUCACUUGAGCAGCUAAAUCUUAGAAAUAAUAGUCUUAAUGGAUUUAUUCCACUAUCUCUAUUCAAUCUGUCAAGGUUGGAGACUUUGAAUUUGGUUUCUAAUUCCAUUGAAGGGACUAUUCCACUUGAGGUGGGAAGACUUCAGCGGUUGAGCACUUUAGAUCUUGGAGCUAACAAACUUUCAGGAAACAUUCCCAACACAAUCUCAAACUUAUCUUCACUGGAGUUAUUGAGUUUGUCUCAUAACAAUUUGUCAGGGAGCAUCCCAAGUGAGAUUGGGAAUCUUUCACAACUGAAGAAACUG